AUGUCGGGCGUAGUUGAAGCAAUACCCCUCAUCGUGCUGGGCAUCGAGAUGCUCAUCAAGCUUAUUCGCAAAGCCGUGCAGACUGCGGAGAAACGCAAGGAGGUGAAGGAGCUCGCGAGCUACUUCUACCAAUUUGCACUCAGCAGUGACAAGGACGUCCUCAAGAAAAUUGAGCGCCGCGCAACACUCAUCCUGCGCGACCCUACUGUGAGCAGCGACGACAAUAAGAAGCUACACAAAAUCAUGACGACCAUACGAUCGACCAUCGUGACGAUCGAGGCAGACCUGGACGCCUACGUGGCCGUUGCAGACAAGGUGUUUAGUCGGGAGAAGAAGCGCUUGCUCAAGAACGUCGACAGCAACGCGCGGCGGCUGCACGCCGACUUCAACCGCUUCACGUCUCUGGUCGACAGCCAGGAGGUGCUGAGGCGGACGCCGGAGCACCUCCUCGAGACAUACGACUUUGACGUGGAUCCGAGGACCCCAAGGAUAUGGAUCACGAAAUCGACUUGUAUUGCCGUAGGCCGGCUUUCUAGGCCGACUAACGGCGUGGAGGCCGGCAGGGGUCUCUUUCUGCUGGGCGUCCGCCCGUACUCGGGCAACCUGCAGCAACGGGAUGCUCAGACCGCCACCGCCGUGCUGAACCGGCACCUCGCGUCGGCGGAGCCCAUACCCGGCAUCCGUCGUAUCAUUGGGUUCAGGAACGAAGAGAAUCCGCACGUGGGCCUCUCGGGCGAGUUCCUGUUGGUCAUGAAGAUCCCCGAGAUCGGGCGUCGAUCAAGCUGGUCCACGCUGCGAAAGUGCAUGCCUCGAAUCCGAAAGGUCCCGUCUCUUAAUGAGAAAAUCGGUCUCUGCGCCAAGCUUGCAAACGCUGUCUUACAGGUACACCGUCUCGGACUUGUUCACAAGAGCAUCCGACCCGAGGCGGUCUUACUUGUCGAAAACAGCAUAGCUGGGCAAAAAGGCGGCGGCGGUGCCCAGGAACAACGACAACAACAGCAGCAGCAGCAGCAGCAGGCAGAAGGUCUUGAUCGUGCCAACCUGUACCUUGUUGACUGGAAGCACGCUCGCCAGUCUACCCUCCACCAGACUCGAUUAUUUGGCGACAGUGCCUGGACGGCAAACAUCUACCAACACCCGCAGCGUCAAGGUGAACUCGCCGAGUCCGAGUACUGCAUGGGCCACGACAUUUACAGUCUUGGCGUAUGCAUGCUGGAGAUUCUCAGCUGGAAUUCUCUUGUGGUGCGACAGCACGACGACAACGACGACAAAAACUUGGAAAAUGACGAGGAUGCUCUGAUCUGUAAGGACUUCAGGGACGCCUUCGUGGCGCUUGGCCUCGACAAGCGCGGGGCUCCACCAGACACAUUCAAAUCCGAGGCCGAGUGGCUCACCAAAAGCCCGGCAAGCGUCAAGUCUACGUUGCUGCAUAUAGUCGAGGUUAUUGUUCCCAUACGAGCUGGCCGGAGGAUGGCGGCGACUAUCAAGAAAUGCCUGGACUGUCUGGAUGAUGGAGACGAAAGAUCCCAGCAUGACGACAAUGUCAGGAGAUUCCAGGAGCGGACCGAGAAGGAGGUCGGCGCGGACUUUGUCGAGGACAUUCUGGCCGAGAUCCGAGCUGUCGAGUGUGCCCUUUGA